AUGCCGGGCAUAUCAAGUGAAGACAAAUUAGAAUACGCAGAGUGUCUCCAGAAAAAGAAAGAACUAGAAGAAAACCUAAUAAACCUGGAGCGACAAAUCUACCUUUUUGAAGGGAGCUACCUAGAGGACACAUCACAUUACGGUAACAUCAUAAGAGGUUGGGACGGGUACCUCAGUACCAAGAACAACGUGCUGAACAAAGAAAGGAGAGAUAAGAAGUUCAAGGAGUCAGAGAGGUUGUUCAGUAAGAGUUCGGUCACCUCAGCUGCUGCUGUUAACAGUAACAGUACGGAGAGCGAUGUUGAGAGCGAGCAACAGUUUAUUCAGAAGAAGAAUAAGAAGUUCAAGUUGAAGAAGAAGGAGGCUCCUUAUUGA